AUGCCGCGAGACAAAAGUCGUUACCGAGAUAAACGGAGUUCUUCUUAUAGCUCAGACUCAUCAUACGAACGUAAAAAAUCCAAAACAAAACAUAAAAAACGUUCACGUUCAAGGGAUCGUUCAGAGUCUAAUAGCCAUAGAAGAAAACGAUCGACCUCACGUUCAAAGCACAAGAGAAGAAGCUACUCACGUAGUCUUUCAAAGGAACGGUACGAAACAAAAUCCAGUAAGCGAUCGUCAUCACGCUCACGAUCAAAGCGUUCAAGACGAACAAUAUCUAGAGAACGUUCUCGCUCGAGAUCAAGUUCCCGGAGUAGAUCAAAAUAUUCCAAAAACAGUAAAAAGCAUAGAAGAAGAUCACAUUCGUCAAGCAGUCACAGCUCUUUUGACAUAGAACGUCCCAUAAAAUCCGGAAGGACAAACUUAGAUGAUACAGAAACAAAAGUAGAAAAGGCAAUUAAAGCUGCAGAAGCUGUUGGUUUGACUAUGACAAAAAUUCCCUCAUAUGAUUACAAAGAUGUGGAAGUGAAAGCUGACAUGCCAACGAUUCAUGAUAGAAACUUGAUUGCUGAAUUAAAUAGUGAUACUUUUAUUCAGAAAUCCUUCACAUCAUCUAGAAGCAAAAAACAGUCACAGAAUAUUGUUAUAGAUCUAAAUGCAGAAACUAUAAAAGUCCCUGAAUCAGAAAUUAAAGUUCAAAAUGAUGAAUAUAUUAUAAAUUUUGAUGCAAUACCUAGUGAGGAAGAAUUAAAAGAGAUGUGGGUGAAGAAACUAUACCAGUAUAGAAAAAAAAUGCUUAAAGGGGAAAUAUAA